GGCUCUGCCUGCGUGCGCUGGUCCGGCAGCCAGGGGUCGGAGCUGGUCCUGGAAGGCGCACCGCUGCGGACCAGACAAAAAGAAACUUCGGGGCGCCCGCAGUGCCGGCUGGCGGGGCGUUUGGUCGGCUUUUCGUGCGUGGUCUUUGGGCUCAGCCUCUCCAGGAAGCGACAUGUCGAAGCCGCCACCCAAACCGGUCAAACCAGGGCAAGUUAAAGUGUUCAGAGCGCUGUAUACGUUUGAACCCAGAACUCCAGAUGAAUUGUACUUUGAAGAAGGUGAUAUUAUCUACAUUACUGACAUGAGUGAUACCAACUGGUGGAAAGGCACCUCCAAAGGCAGGACUGGACUAAUCCCAAGUAACUAUGUGGCUGAGCAGGCAGAAUCCAUUGACAAUCCAUUGCAUGAAGCUGCCAAAAGAGGCAACUUGAGCUGGUUGAGAGAGUGUUUGGACAACCGAGUCGGUGUUAAUGGCUUAGACAAAGCUGGGAGCACUGCCUUAUACUGGGCUUGUCACGGGGGUCACAAAGAUGUAGUGGAAAUGCUAUUUGCUCAACCAAACAUUGAACUGAACCAACAGAACAAGUUGGGGGACACAGCUUUGCAUGCUGCUGCCUGGAAGGGUUAUGCAGAUAUUGUCGAGUUGCUUCUGGCAAAAGGUGCUAGAACAGACUUAAGAAACAAUGAGAAGAAGCUGGCCCUGGACAUGGCUACUAAUGCUGCCUGUGCGUCUCUCCUGAAAAAGAAACAGGGAACAGAUGCAGUUCGAACAUUAAGCAAUGCCGAGGACUAUCUUGAUGAUGAAGACUCAGAUUAAUUCCCUUUCAGAGCUUUAAGAUCUAAAACUUCUGUUGCUUUUGCCAUUCCAAAACCUUGUCUUUGCCAGAAGAGUGUUGGUAACUGUUUUAAAAAAAAAAAAAUCUAUAUGAACGUGGCAGUAUUGCACUGUUUGAGUAGAACGUGUAAAUAAAUAGUUCUCACCUUCGGUUUGCCGAUAAGUGGCUGGAUACUUUGCUGUAUAAAGUACAUUGUUGUUCACCAGAGUAGAACAAGAAGAGAUUAUUUCUAUUUAUCAAGCUAAAGGAAUUUUAAGACUUUUUUUCUUUGAAAAAAAUCGGGAUGGUUUUUUUAGUUAAAGUUCUUUACCUCAAGGAUUAAGAUAUUUUGAAUGGAUUUUUCAAGGGGGAAAAUGCUUAUUAUAAUAAUAAACCAAAAGACUUAACAGAAAAUCGUCAGCUAUUCUGACAAAAAUAAACAUUUUAAGAGACAUU